AUGGAAAGGAUAAAAAUCCCGACAGGGAGAUACGAUGGGACGACGGAUCCGGAGGAUCACUGCACCACAUUCGAACAGCACAUGAUGCUGUACACAGAUUCUGACGUCAUGUGGUGCAAAGUAUUCCCAUCCACACUCUUAGGAGUUGCAGCAAGCUGGUAUAAGUCCAUAGAGGCACACUCCAUUUACAGUUUUCGACAGUUGCAUGCGUCGUUUUUGUCACGAUUUGUGAGCAAACAGAAGAGAAAGAAAUCGUCGGGAGAGUUGAUGUCGUUUGCUCAAAGAGAUAGAGAUCCGUUAAGAGAUUAUCUCACCCGCUUUAACAACGAAUCAAUCACUAUUCCCAAUUUGCAGCAGGAGGUUGCUGUUCUGGCUCUGAUGAGGGGAAUGCAAGAGUGCGAAUUCAAGAAAUACCUCAGCCGGAAAUCAUACACUAAUCUGGGCGACGUCCUGCACAAGGCCAAUGAGUACAUCAGGGGGGAUGAAAUGAUGAAGAUCUCCAAUGUGGUAGUGGCAACCGGCGGAAAUGUCGGGUACAAUCCAGGCUAUAACCCCCAGGCGGGAAAAGGAGGAAACAAUUUUCAUCAGAACAAUAAUCAGAAAGGGGCAAGCCAGAGAAACCAGAAUAACAGAAAUGCCAAUCCACAGGGGCAGAAACCCCGGCAAGACAGAAGGGAGGCCAGAGGACUCUUUGAUAACUACACUCCGCUGAACACACCGCGGACGGCAAUUUACAACAUAAACAACAAGAUGGACGGCUGGAGAAGGCCGCCACCAAUGCAGAGUAGGGAAAGGAAUGUCAAGAAAUUUUGUGACUUCCAUAAUGAGUACGGCCACCUAACAGAGGACUGCAGAGACCUCAAAGACAACAUUGAGGAUAUGGUCAGAAAGGGGUAUUUUUCACAGUAUAGGGCGAGGCAAGGAAAUGGUAACAACAACUCGGUGGGGGGAAACCCUGCCAAUUCAUACCGGCCACAACAGCAAAACCAACAACAAUACCCUAGAAUCCAACAGCCAUAUCAGCCACCUAGAAUCGAGCAAAAACAGCCGGAAACCAGUGCCAGAGAAGAACAGAGGGAUGGCGGGAAAAAACCACCCGUGUAUGUAAUUUCUGGCGGUCCAGUCCACGGAGGGACAAUAAGCGGCGCCAGUAGAAGUUUGGAGGAACACAGGCACAUGGUAAACUAUCAUAACACAAGAGUGUGGCCUAAGCCACCCAGCAUACCAGUGAUGACGUUCUCGGAAUCGGAUUGCAGAUGCAUCAUUUUCCCGCAUGAUGACCCGCUAGUUCUUACAAUCGAUAUAGCAAAUGCCGAUGUGAACAGAGUACUGGUAGACGGUGGCAGCUCAGCAAACAUCAUCUUCUGGGAAGCCUUCAAACAAUUGCACAUACCAGAGGACGAGCUUCAAAGGGUGAACUACCCAGUAAUCGGUUUCUCAGGAUCUGUACCCAGAGGGUAG